CUUUAGUCUCAUCCUUUCUCGUCAUCAGAGCUUGUUUUCUCCGUCCGUUGCCCAAGUCUACUUACAAAUCAAGGCAAAGUGAUGGCGCCGCCGCCUCCAUGUCCACACCCGACCAGAGAUCCCCGCCGUCGUAAUUUCUUUUUGCUCUGUUCGUUUGGCGCACAAUGUUGAAAAUUCAUUUUUUAAAUGUUUUUUUAAAGAAUAAUUCAUCCACUUGAGAUUUUUUUUUUACAUCUGUCGAACUCCUGAAGUGUUACUCCAUUUUUUGUUCGAACCGAAUUCCCGGUUUAAAAUUCAGCCAUGGAAGGACCCGAAACGAGCUUGGUUGAAGUAAGAGAAGAGCUCAUGGUCUCCCCAGGUUUCGAAACCCUAAACGCUUGUUCAAAAACAGCCCAUUUCCUCAAACCCAUUUCCGGUUCCCUCGAAACCCAACUUCCCAAGCUUCCUUCGCAAUUCCUUUCGGAUCUGGAACGAUCUUCUUUUGAACCCAAAGAUCCGCCCUUGAGUAUCGGUUUCCAUGGGUGGAGAUGCAGGGCUAGUAACUGGUCCAUCUGGGUCGACAAGAUGAGGGUUUUGCACGAACCGACAUGGAAGAAAGCUGGAAUCUUUGAUGCCAUCUUGAAUUCGACUUAUCAGAUUAAGCGAAACAGUGGUUUAGUUCUCGGGCUAGCUGAGAAAUGGUGUUGCGAAACCAAAAGUUUCAUCUUAUCUUGGGGUGAAGCCAGUGUUACACUCGAAGAUGUGAUGAUUCUCGGGGGAUUUUCCGUUUGGGUUCCCCUGUCUUCGCCCCUCUGGAAACCGAAGAAUCGAAGCAAGUCGAAGAGAGUUUAAAGAGUGCAAGGAUCGAAAUCGUGAGAAGCAAAG